UUGCACUAUACUGUCGACUGUCGCGUCACGUGGGCGCAUUACUUAGAGUGACUCUUUUAUUCUUUGCGUGCCAAUUUCAGCAAACUCAGCGCAACAUGUUUACCCAGUAAUUACCUGAUUUUAAAGAGUAGGAGAAGCGUAAAAGGCAGAAACCGCCGGAAUUUCUGCGUUUAGACUUGUAUAAUUGUGGAGUUAUAUGGUGUGGCGUACUCAUUCGGACGAGAUGUUCGUUGUUUUUGCACACUCCUGUUUGGACCGAUGUUUGUGCUUCGCUUAAAAACAAAACAAAACGGAUUUCUAAAGAGUAUACCACGUACGUUGGAAGUCGGUGCUGAAGAGAAUAUAUGUUUUUCUAUCUAAGUCCCAGCCACUUCCCGUCGCCAGCAAUGUGUUCAACAAAAUACAUGGUAUUUACCGAGCAAGCUUCCUAACAACACCGUUUGCAUUCAAGACGAAGUGCAGGAAGGACUGCUGCGAAACCUUUUUAGCGAUCCACGCAGUCCCAGACUCCGACAAUGACUUGGGCAAUCAGCCGCUAAUGGAGUACGCUGAUCUCUAAUCGUUAGGACAAAUCUGCGCUUUAACGCGUCCCGUCAACGCGUCAAUUUCCCGAGUACUAGUCACUCAGACGGUAAGGGAUGUGGGGAUUUCAGAAAAGAAGACUAUUUGGUUUUAUUUAUGCACCAAUCAUCGUAGCAUUUGUGUGUUGUGCUCAGAGCGCCAACGAACCAGGGAAUAUGUCUUUUGUAAAGGAGACAGUCGACAAACUGUUAAAAGGAUACGAUAUUCGUCUUCGACCAGACUUUGGGGGUGCCCCGGUUGCUGUUGGCAUGAGCAUAGACGUAGCAAGUAUAGACAUGGUCUCAGAAGUCAAUAUGGACUACACGCUGACCAUGUACUUCCAGCAGUACUGGAGGGACAAGCGGCUGGCAUAUUCCGGCAUCCCGCUUAACCUGACGCUGGACAACCGUGUGGCGGAUCAGCUCUGGGUCCCCGACACGUACUUCCUGAAUGACAAGAAGUCCUUCGUGCACGGCGUGACAGUGAAGAACCGCAUGAUCCGGCUGCACCCAGACGGCACCGUGCUCUAUGGUUUGAGGAUCACCACCACGGCCGCCUGCAUGAUGGACCUCAGACGGUACCCCCUGGAUGAGCAGAACUGCACUCUGGAAAUCGAGAGCUAUGGGUACACUACGGAUGAUAUCGAAUUCUAUUGGAAGGGCGGAGACAGCGCUGUAACAGGGGUGGCGAGAAUCGAGUUGCCACAGUUCUCGAUUGUGGAUUACAAGCUGGUCUCCAGAAACGUCGUCUUUUCCACAGGUGCCUACCCACGUCUGUCACUGAGCUUCAAGCUGAAAAGAAACAUCGGCUACUUCAUCCUCCAGACAUACAUGCCCUCCAUUUUGAUCACCAUCCUGUCGUGGGUGUCGUUCUGGAUCAAUUACGACGCCUCUGCUGCCAGAGUGGCUUUGGGAAUCACCACGGUUCUGACCAUGACGACCAUCAACACCCACCUGCGGGAGACCUUACCUAAGAUCCCGUACGUCAAGGCCAUCGACAUGUACCUGAUGGGCUGCUUCGUCUUCGUCUUCCUCGCCCUGCUGGAGUACGCCUUCGUCAACUACAUCUUCUUCGGGAGAGGGCCUCAGAUGCAGAAGAAGCUGGCAGAGAAGGCAGAGAAGGCCAACAACGACCGGAGCAAAUAUGACAGAAACAAGUCUGUUCUGGAAGGAGCCAAUUGCAACCCAGCAUCUGUUAAACAGUCCAAUCAGGUACAAGGCUGUCGGCCGGGGGCGGUCGACGCCCACGGAAACAUCUUGCUGACCACCUUGGAAAUCCACAACGAGGUCGCCGGCCACGAGGCGGCCCCCAGCCCCACAGAGGGCAGGAACUCGCUGGCGGCGGCGGCGCCAUCCGAUGGCUCCAGCGUGCAGUACAGGAAAGCGGGCGCCCCCCGGCAGGGCCUGGAGCGCAACGCGCAGCUGAAGAAGCCGCGACUGCGCAGGAGGUCCUCGCAGCUCAAGAUCAAGAUCCCUGACCUGACGGACGUGAAUGCCAUCGACCGCUGGUCGCGGAUUAUAUUCCCAGCCGCCUUCUCCCUCUUCAACCUCAUCUACUGGCUCUACUACGUGAACUAGACUUAGAGACUGUGAGGGAGGCGUUUCCCACACUUUUUAUCGACACUUUUUUACUCGUAACAGGAUUCCUGUGGAUUGAAAAAAAAAGAGAUUUUGUAAAGAACUGGCGUUCACUGAGCGAGGGACUGUAAGCAGCUACAGGGGAUGUGCACUGCACGCGAAAGCUGCCUUCCUCUGCACUCCAGAUACAGUGUGCUGUUAUCCACUGCGCUCACUGAACAAAUCUUACUUUUACAACAAAUGACAGAAUAGCGUAACUAAGAUGGGCCUGUAAAUAACUGGAAUGCAGAAGGGCAAUGCAUAGAAAUGUAGACUUAAGUAUGGAUAUAUGGUUAAAAUGAGUGGCCCUUUAUACAUUUACUUUCCCACUAAGGUGAUAAGACUGUAUUUAUGCAAAUGAACACAAUUUAUUGUAGAUAGCUUUUUUGAAACGCUUAUAAAUAUGAUUUUCCGCACUUGUA